AUGCUGCUGCUGGGCCUCAUCUUUGGCAGCUGCAUCUCACGUCUGCUGCAGCUGGCACGGCACGAAUUCUACAGCAAUGGCAGCGCAUCAACUGAUGCCAGUAGCAAUGGACAGACUGCAGAUACCCUGUACCGCUGGAGGAUGCCCUCCGAUCACAAUGGGAGCCAGCGGAUACUUUGCAUGGUGACGGUGCGACCGGUGGAUAAGGAGCGACGGGUGCACAUUGAGAGCACCUGGGGCAAGCGAUGCCACAAGCUGCUCAUCCUCAAUGGCAUGCACAAGAAUCUGAAUGAGAGUAGUCCAUUGAUGGACGAGAAUCAGCAAACCUACAAAAGUAGUAUCAGCAGCAGCAGCAACACCAGGUGGAGCAGCACAAGGAGCAGCAGCAGUAUCUCUUGGGGUCGCACUCGGGAAUAUCUGCAUCAUGUCUAUACGCAUUAUCAUGGGCAAUACGACUGGUUCCUCAUGGUGACAGAUGAAACCUAUGUGAUCAUGGAGAAUCUGCAACAUUUUCUGAUGGAUUAUUCGCCCGAACUUCCCAUUUACUUUGAUAGCUUUACUUAUGCGUAUAAGGAAAAUCAUACGAGAGGUGGCUCAGGUGGCAAUUUGUUUAGCAGAGAGGCGCUGCACCGUUUUGUGACUCUGGGACAUGGAAAUAGCACCAUUUGUAGCAGUCACAAUUAUGGCAUUAAGCAUGUGGAGAUUGCGCGUUGCUUUCGAAAUGUGGGCGUGGCUGUUGGCAAAAGCAGCGAUGAGCACGGUCUGCCGCUGUUCGUGAACAAACUUGUGAAUAUUACACUCGGCUGCUGCUCAAAGUCGGCCAUAACAUUCAACUGUGUGACUAUUAAAUGUUUUUAUAUCAUGGAAUAUAUGGUUUAUAGAUUACGUCCGUUUGGCUUGAGUUGAACGAAUGGAAAUUUUGGAAAUGGGCAUCCCUAGUAAAGGACUGCUGCAUCAAACUAUGCCAAAGACAUAGCCUCAUUUAAACUUGUCUUGAUUACAUUAAAUAUAUAGUGUAUAUACUGUGAAACUGCCUCUAGAAAUAGAUAAAAGAAUACCGAU